GAACUCAGUUGGUUAGUGAUAAGGGAACUAUUUGUGGUGCAGUUUGUUAGCGGUUACAAUGCCAGACAGCGGGAAAUUGGCGUUGAUCUGUCUCAGAGUUUUCCUCAUUUUGCACCUGGCGGCAACGGGAGUGGGACUGGGGGUGGGGGCGAUGCGUUGCAAGGCGCCCUACGAGAAGGUACAGCAGAAUUACUGUUACUAUAUCGCCGACGAGGAGCCUCUGCCCACUUCGUUCAGCAACUUUUGCUACCAGGAGAAGCGGACGUCACGCGUGUGCCUCGAGAGCGCGGAGGAGAUGCACGUUCUGGCCAAUUAUCUGUAUGGUGUUGGAUUCCAGAACGGCACACAGUUCUGGAGUGCCGGACAUCGUUGGCCAGGUGACUUGCAGUUCUAUUGGAAUUACUUUGGACGCGCCCGUGCCAUCAACUACACUAAUUGGCUGGCGGAUGAGCCCACUCCCCGCUUGGGACUCAACUGUAUGCUCCUCACGCUCCAAGAAGGACAGCUCUUCAUGAGCAGCGCCUCCUGCCACGCCCAGGCCGUGGACAUCUGUGAGCAGCUGCUCAUCAACGAGCCGACUAUCAUGCACUGAAAGUUCUCCAGCAUUGAUAAGUCAUUUUGCAGAUACUUUUGUUGCAAUGCCAUGUUGCAGCAACAUGUUGGUAACGCGAUCGUAGGGCGUAAAUAUGUGCAAGUUGAUCUAAAAUCACAACUAUUCGUCUUAAUUUAUUUAUUUUUAAGACAGUACAACUUUAAGAGAAAAAUAAAAAAAUGGAACAAACAAAUAAAUUAAA